CCUUCUUCACUCGGUUCAAUUUUCUAUAUCAUUUCUACACUAUUCCAGAUCAACCCAGAGACCCUUUUGUCUUGUUUUGAAUUCUUUCCCAUCCUGAACAAUAACGUAGUUCCUCUCUUUCUUCACCAACUGGGAUCUCCAUGUUUCUCUCAAGUCUUCAGUAGCAAAAGCUCAAAGGCCCUACUGGGUUCGAUAGCAUCAAAAGUUUCAAGUCAGAGAUUUGGCCACAUUAGCAAAUGGCUACUCCCUCGGCUCAGUCGAAUAAGAGUAUGAAACGAUUGGAAUCAAGGAAGUCUCAUUCCUGGUGGUGGGACAGUCACAUCAGUCCCAAAAACUCUAAGUGGCUUUCAGAGAAUCUCGAGGAGAUGGACCGGCACAUCAAGCGGAUGCUGAAGCUGGUCGAAGAAGAUGGGGAUUCAUUUGCAAAAAAGGCUGAAAUGUACUAUCAAAAGAGGCCUGAAUUGAUUUCUCAUGUUGAAGAGUUUUAUCGCUUGUACCGAUCUCUAGCCGAACGUUAUGAUCAUGUGACCGGAGAGUUGAGGAGGAAUGUAACCUCAGAUUUGCAAUCCAUGAGCUCAUGCAUUUCUGACGUUGGUUCAGAACCACCAUCUGCAUGGUCCUCUCCUGAUUUACAAUCCCUAAGGCUGUCUCUGAGUCGUCGUAAAUCUGGCCCUCGUGCUGCUGGCUUUGAAUUCUUCCUUGGCCCCAGUGGAAACAACUCGGAUAAUUUCCAGAGAGAAGGGGAAGAAUCAACUUCAAUAACAGAUUCUGAGAUAGAAUCUGAUGGCGAUGAUUCUUCGGUCAAUAAUUACUCGGGGGUGUUGUCAAACGGAGUUGAUCCGCAGCAGAGGAAGAUAAUUGAUUUGGAAAUCGAGCUUCGUGAACUGAAGGACAAGCUCCAGCAAGAAGGGAAUGCAGAUACUCCAUUGAAGAGGUCAAAAACUGAAAAUUUUGAGGAAUUUUCUGCAAAGAUUGCAGAAUAUGAGCGAGAGCUGACGAUUGCAAAUGAAAAAUUGCAGGGUUCAAGAGAACAGAUUUCCAGGUUGAACAUUGAGCUCAAUCGGUAUAAGUCAUUAGAUAAUGGCAAUGCCCUUGAGGCCGGUCUUGAAUCAUCAGAACAUAAACAGGUCAAGAUGCAUGAGAGUGAGCCGGACUUGGAGGUAAAUGGAGUAUCAGAGAUACCUAGGUCAGGAGAAGUUGAAGACCCCGGUAACAAUAUUGAAGCAAUGGUGGAAGAGCUGAGAAUCACAACAGAUAGGCUUCAGCAUUCACAGAAAGAGAUUGCAAGUUUGAGACAAGAACUUGAAAGUAAUAAAGCCUCUGACAGAAUUCAUCAGUUGGAGGGUCGGCUGGAAUCUGCUAACAAGGACAUUGCUACGUGGAGAACAAAGUUUAACUCAGAGAAAAGAGAGGUCACGAAGCUGCAAGAACGAAUCGCAAGGUUGAAAACUAGUUUGUCAGACCGGGAUCAUGAAGUCAUGGAUUUGAAAAUAGCGGUUUCUGAUGCUGAGGAGAAGAUAUUCCCAGAGAAGUCACAGGUAAAGGCCGAAAUAUCUAGACUGUCUUCAGAACGGACGCAACUGGAGGAGCAGAUUAGAAACUGGGAGUCUCGAGGACGUUCUUUGGAGGAUGAUAUCAGAAUGAUCAAGGCUGGGAAAGCAGAAAUGGAGGAGAGACUUACAAGUGAAAUCGAGCAGUUAAAGGCAGAAAUCCUUGAGAUAAGUAAUCACAUUGAAAACUUAAAUACGGCCCUUGAUGCUAUGAAAGCAGAAAAAGAUGAGCUUAGUACAAAAGUUGUAACACUUCAAGCAGAACUUACUUAUAGAGAUGAUAAGAUAAAUGAGAUGGACGCCCAACUGCAGCAGUUGCACAAGGAGCAAGUGGAACUGGUUUCAGGGGCUGAAGAGGCAAGGAAAACGGUGGAAGAGAUGAUAGCAAGAACAAAGGAACUGGAGGAGGAGAUUCAGAGGCAAAGAGUGAUAAUUUUAGACGGAGCAGAAGAAAAGAGAGAAGCUAUAAGGCAGUUGUGCUUCUCACUUGAACAUUAUAGGAACAGUUAUAACAGGCUUCGAAAGGCUUGCAUGGAACACAAGAGAUUACCGAUUUUGGCGUCCUGAGGUGAGCAUAGGUGAGUUUGGUUUGGAUUGUAUGUAAGUUUUUGGGUGGUUUGGGGUUUCUCUUCCUUUUGUGUACUUCUCUGGCCAUGCACUCAUGGUCUGUAUUGAUGUGAGGUUUGUGUAGUAGAGAUUUAGUGUCAUAUAAUGCAGGAGGGUUGUAUCAAGGGGCUGUCCUUAGCCACCAGGUCGUCCUCAAGGGUGGUUGAGGGCGUAAAUUUGUGUAUUAAUUUUGUUGAGUUCUGUGUUUCAGUUUUGGCUUAGAGUGACACAAUUGGAUUUGUUCUGCAAUUCUUUCA